AUGUUGCGGAGAAAAGAUACCUUCACCGUGAUCACGCCCAUUCCCGGCUUCAUUCCACGGCAGCUGGCCAUUGACAUUCUCCAUUCUCACUCCGAAGUGAUCACCCUCAAUCCGCUUGUCAUCGAUCACAAACCCAUUCCGGCGCCUCAAAAUGCCGAAACAGACGAGUUCUACUCAACAUGGUAUGAAAUUACAGAGCGCAUCCAGGUUGUCCCGGGCAUCGGCAAGAUGGGCUCCUCGACUAUCAGGUUUAACGGCUGCUUCCAUGACAUGCCCUGGGGCUUACAGACACAUAUCUAUGCCCCGGCAGGCAUAGAUCUUCGGAAUAAGUACCGCAUUGCGGGCAACCAGCCCGGCGUGGAAACCCCAGAGGUUCCCGAAAUUGGCCUGAAAGGACUCGGCGCGCCCUCUGAUGGUCUUUACCUGAGGGAAGAUAUUGAAAUCAAGGGCAACGUGACCGUCCUUAGCUUCGCGAAGUCGCAACUUAAGAAAGCCGGGGGCGAGAUGGUGAAGCGGAUCAUUAAGAAGGCGGAGCUCCUGGAUGCGGGAGUGCUGCAGGCCAUGAUCGAGGACGGAAAGCUGAAGACGAUCAACCCAGCCGAUCGGAGCGGCGGGAUCAAGUCCCCAACGCUGUCUCCGGUCAGCCCUCGGUUCCCGCAAUCCGUCAACUCCACGCCGCCGCCAGGCUCACCGCCCAUCCCGUACCAGGUUCCCCGCAUCCAGUCCAGCUACGGCCAGUACCAACGACCCGGAACGGCAAGUUCGCAAGGCCAUGGCCCUUACCAGCCGCCGCCACAGAUGGUUCAAGAACUUCCCGCAACGGGGCCCAGCGCAUCGACUCACGCUCCCAUCGAGAUGCCAGGGGACUUUUACCACGCCACUCCGAACUUGCAACCCGACCAACGCUCAUCCUACCAACAGUUUGGGACGCAGCCUCAUCCCCACGGCGGUCACCAUGACCCAUCUUCCGUCGACCCGAUCCAACGCUCUCACAACAUGAGCCCCAACCCGUCGGUGGGAGGCGGACAGUGGUCGACGGGAGGUUCGCGGCCGACCUCAGUGUCCUCCGGCCUCCCGUCGCCGGGCCUUGGUGUGAGCAAUAAUGGCAACGGCAACAACAGCCUAUACCCGGCCGCGCUCGCCCCUCACAAGGAAACGAAAGAAGAACACCACCCGCAACAACAACAACCGCCGCAAUACAUGCCCUACAACCCGGCGGACUACGGCAAGGUGGCGCCCGGACAGCAACCGCAGCAGCACGGGCAGGGGCAUCCAGGGCAGGGAUACAACUAUGCGCAGUGA